ACGCACUCAAAAAAAAUUCUUGAAAGUUUGUUUUGUAAAACAAUAAUUUAAGUUUUGAUUCUAGUUGAGCAUCAUAUCAGAAUGCAACGAUAUCCGGAACAGUCAUCACCGACUCCUCGAAAGCCCCCACGAGGGAAAUACAGUCGGGAAAACUACUCUACAUCAUCUAGUAAUCUGUUAAUGUCUGUGAUUAAAACUUUAGACGCCAGCGAAAAUAACGAGGAUCGUGAAAAAGAAAAACUUAAAAUUGAAAAAGAAUUUAAGAAAUCUGAUAAAAAGUUACAGGAAAUGGUUGGAAAACAUGACUUAGAUCUUACAAAGACUAUGCAACUCUUUUCUAAAAUCUCUGCUGAAGUUGACUUUUCACGAGAGAAAGUACGCACAAUUCGUGAGAAUCUUCAGGCUUGCAAACAGUUGCUUCGUUGUCGACGAGAAGAGCUUAAAAAACUCUAUAUGGAUGCUGUGAAAAACAAGCAUGUAAUGCAAUAUCUGGAACAUAUCAAUGAAUUAAAAACUGUCAAUUCUACAAAAUUCAAUGCAAGUCUUAAAAAGCGUCACUACUUAAAAGCCACAAAGAUGCUUAUGUCAUCGAUUAAUAUUGCUGAAGAUCAAUUGAAACAUGUUGAAGGUUUGGAUGAUUUACGUGUAGAUUUCACCAAUAAGAAAGUUCAUCUUUAUACACAAUUAGUUCAAGAGAUGAACAAACAUAUUUAUCAUACCAGCACAACAGAAGUUCUCUCAAACUUUCAACGAAAUAACUCGACGAGAAUCAGCUCGAAUCAAAUUCAACAGUCACCAUUUCAGAGAAAUGUUGUUCGAAAAUCGGGUGACAGAAUCGAGGCUAACAACAAAGCAAAGAAAGCAUUGAUGGAAAUAACGAAAAAUGGAUUUGUUGAUGAAGAUCUUGAAAUCAUUAACGAUACAACACUUCUUGAUCCUGAAAUUAAUUCUACGUAUUUUAUCGGGAUUAUUGUCGAGUGUUUUGCUUUAUUGAACAAAAUUCCAGAGUCAAUUGAAACAAUGAAAGUUCAAAUGCAAUUUGAAUUAUUGGCAAUUGUUGAAAAAACCACACAUUACAUCAUUGAGUUAAGAAAUCGAGUAAAUGGAAGGAUUAUCAUAGAAAAUGGAGAAAUUGAUGUUCCCUUUCUUGAGCUCUUAGAUUUGUUAUUUAAACAGUUUCAAUUGAUUGCCGAAGCUCAUCAAUUAACACUAAAAAAUUACAUGAGCAUCAUUAAACGUUAUAAAUUGAAUGUGAAGCCUUAUGAUCUUACAGAUUUUUGGGGACAAGUGCAAGCUGUUUUACAAUUACUACUCACAGAUUACCUCGAUAUCCAAAAUACGGGCGACGAUGAGCUUCGAAUGAAUUUUCCAGAACAACAAAUCAACAUUAACAACUUCUUCAUUCGAAGGAAACAUCCAACAAAAAAAAUACUUUUUCGAUUUGAUAAAUCAUCGCAUACAACUGAUAAUGUUAAUGUCAGCUCGAAUACUUUAGAUGUUAAUCGUGGUCAUAUGCGUGACUUAUCAAAUGUUUCGUCUUCUUCAGCCAAAGAUAUCAUAACAUCGAUCAGCGGAAAAAAGAGAAGAGAAAAGCUCUUUGUUUGUAAACCAGAUCCAUCGUUAAUCAGAAAAAUUUUUGUACCAAUGCUUGCUUAUGUUCAUACAAUUGAAAGUAAUGCAAAUAUGAAGAAAAAUGGACAAAUGUCAAGUUUAAAUGAUUUCAUUACGACAUAUGUUAAAGAAUCUUAUUUGAGUCGAGGUCAUAAUCGUAAUCUCUCGAUGACUAUUGAAUCAUUAUCAAAAUCACAAGAUGCAUGGAAAGCGAUCAUAUGUGCUGAAGAAAUGAAAACACUUAAUGUAACUCGACCGCUUCUACAGUCAUGUCGUGUUGUUGAAGGUUUAAUUGCAGAAACAAGAAAUUUAAUUGAAGAUUUGCCUUUGUAUCAUGAUGAUUUAUUAAAAAUGGUUUGUGCGUUGCUAAAGACAUAUCGUGAAACAUGUCAAGCAGCUUAUCGUGGUAUUGUGCAACCAGAAACUGAAGAUAAGAGAAUUUAUAGUGUGGCUUGGUUGAAAGAUGAAGAUAUAAGUCGUUUUCUAAAGACACUUCCAAACUAUCUCGACCUGAAAACAGCAAAUGCAAAAUCAAGGCAAAGAAAACUCAAAAAUGAAAUUAGUGAGGAAGACAGUCCAACUCAAAUUCAACAGAGGAAUGUGAGAGAAGCUGAGAUGUUAACAAUGAUUAUUAAAGAUGGAAUGAUAAAAGUGCUUACCAAUUUAGCGCUUGAAUUUGACGAGCUUGCAAAUAUUUGCUUGUUGGUGCUCCAUUUAGAGGUUCGCGUUCAAUGCUUUCAUUAUUUACGUUCAAACUCGUCAGAUAAAUAUAAAGAAAAUAAUCCAAAUAAAAAUGAUACUCUCGAACCGGAUACCAAAGUGCUUAAGUUGACAAAAGUUCUUUCGGAUCUUGACGAAGCCUUUUCAUCAACACUUCAUCCUAGGAAAACAAAGUAUAUAUUCGAAGGUCUUUCACAUCUGGUUGCUCGCAUUCUUAUAAUGACAUCGAAUUCGAUGGAAACACUUGAAAAACAUGCAAUACAACAAAUGAUAAGAAACAGUAUAGCUUUACAACAAACUUUAAGUUCGAUAACAGCAACGCAUGAACAUCAACUUGAUCAUGCAAGAAAUUAUUAUGAAAUGUUUUAUAUGGACCCUGAAAACAUCAUCAAAGACAUAACAGAGAAAGGUCCAAAAUAUACUGAACUUCAGUAUCUUCAAGCUUUUAAGCUUCUUUGUCAGGGACGAACAAACGAAAAUGGUGAAAACUAUCUGUCAAUCUAUCAUCAAAAACUCAAUAAUAUUCUAGGUACAAAGCAAUCGCUUGGUAUCACUGUUUAAAAGGUUGAAUAUGAAAAAAAAUCAAAUUGCUUUCUUUCAUUACAUUCUUUCUUAUGAAUUAACUUUAGUAAAUAUCUUAACAAUUAUUUCAUUAUAUACAUUUUUAUUAAACUUCAAUGAAAUUUAUGGAUUCCUUCGUUUCGUUUCUUUAUACAUAUUUUUAUUCGAAACAUAAUUUCCUUUUGUUAUUAAAUAGUUUAAGAUUCUUUUUAAAGCUUUAAAACAUGAAGAAGAAAAAGAAACACAAAUCGCGUUGAUAAAGCUUCAUAACGUGGAAAAACUGUUAGAACAGAAUAAUUAUGAUUAAAAAAUGUAGCCUUUUAUUGUGUUCAGGAGAAUUAAAUAAAAUAAAGAGUUCAACUCAAUACUAUACAAACAGGAGCACAACCUUUUAUUUGUGAUUGAAUAAUAAGUAAAAGUGUCUUUUUUCAAUCUGCAUGGAAAACUUUCCGAUUCAACAAUGAAAUCGAAAGUGAAAAUUAAAACAUUAAG